AUGUUUCUCUCCCGGCGCGGCGUCGCGACGCAGGAGAGCGACGGUGGUUGCGAUGGUAGCGACGCCGAGAUGAUCGGUAAUGGGAGACGCGGAGGCGGAAUGGAAAGGGAUCGCGAUAUGGAGGAGGAUGAGGACGAAGGAAGGGAGGAAAGGAGCUCAGAGGGUGGAGGUGGUGGAGGUUUCGGUGAUUGGAGGUCCCAUCUGCUCGGUGGGCUGACGCAACGUGUCAAAUCCUGGUACUGGGGCGCCAGGCCCCUCGAACUCGCGCACAAACUCUCGCGGAGCUUCGACAUGCAAGAAGCUCAGCUCCUCGAAGAGGGUGGUUCUGGUGCAGCUACUGCCGGGGCUGGGAGUGCCGGUGGUGCGCCACGAAGACAUCACAGUGCUCAAAGGUUGGCCAGAAGCGAAAUGUCGGAGAGGAGGGAAGAAGACAGUGCCCUGGUGGUCCCUGAUCAUCAGGGUAACCUGAGGAUCACCGUCAAGAAGACCAAAUCGAUUUUGGGCAUUGCCAUCGAGGGUGGUGCUAAUACCAAACACCCAUUGCCCAGGAUCAUCAAUAUACAUGUCUGCAUCAUCAAGAAGUAGCAAGACUGAUCGCAGAGUCGUUCGCAAGGCGAGACCGCAACGAGAUCGAGUUCCUGGUAGUCGAGGCGAAGAAGAGCAACCUGGAGCCGAAACCAACGGCUCUGAUAUUCCUGGAGGCGUAG